GCGACUACCACGGUAUCUUAACAAGUCCUUCUCUAUUCUUAUCCGCUCAUAUCUUUCUCCGAGAAACUCUCAUCUUAAGCCACUACCAUGCGGGCUACCAAUAUCAUUUUGUUCCUUGCGGCCUCCGCCAUGGCUACUUCUCUUGAAAAGAAGGAGCCCAGCCAGUCAGGUAGACAAGCAUGCGAUGAUGACGCUUAUUGGAGAUGUGGGGAACAAUCAACUGCGUGUGAAAAAGCCAAGGAGCACGAAUCUCAGCAAGCCCUAUAUAAAGCUUGUGGAACCGCUUUCGACGAUAAAUUCUUUGAAUGUUCCCAGUCACACAACGGAUUUUAUUCUAUCAAAGAGUGUAUUGACAAUGCUAAAACCUGUGUUAAUGCUGCUGGUUGUGAAUGUCGCGGAAAGUGGUGUCAGUGAUUGAUUUGAUAUUCAUGACAUCUAUAUAUGGCAUUGACAUCCAUAUAUGGCAUUGCUGUCGUGUUGCUAAAUUAUGCGAAUGUGGUCUCUUGUCUUGUGUAGUCUCUUACUGCCCUUGCUAGACAAUUAUAGGUGCCUAGAGCCAUGUCAUCGGCUUUUGCUUUCCAUAAAAUAUUUCCUGACAUGUUAG